AAAAACCCUCGUCCAAACGCCAAACCCUCCUCUUUUCCCCAACUCUUCCCUCCUUUCUCUCUCUCUCUCUCUCUCUGAGAUUCUCGGAGGCGCAAAACUCAAAAACACACGAAAACAAAUAAACGCCUCCGUCCAAAUCCUUUAUCCCUUUACUUCUCCUUCCCCAAACCCUAAAGCUCCUCCGAUGGCCACCGAUCCUACCCAGCAGCAGCAACAACUGGCCAUAAUUCUGGGCCCCGACCCGACCCACUUCGAAACCCUAAUAUCUCAUCUUAUGUCCUCCAGCAACGACCAACGAUCCCAGGCCGAAGCCCUCUUCAACCUCUGCAAGCAGGCCCACCCGGACGCCCUCCUGCUCAAGCUCCUUCACGUCUUGCAGUCCUCGACCCGACCCGAGUCCAGGACCAUGGCCGUCAUCCUCCUCCGCCGCCAGCUCACCCACGAUGACUCCUUCCUCUGGCCCCGCCUCACCCCCAACACCCAGUCCACCCUCAAGUCCCUCCUCCUCUCCUCUCUCCAAUCCGAGUCCUCCAAAUCCAUGUCCAAGAAGCUCUGCGAUACCAUUUCCGAGCUCGCCUCCUCCGUUCUCCCCGAAAACCAGUGGCCCGAGCUUCUCCCUUUCAUGUUCCAGUGCGUCACCUCUGACAAUCCCAAACUCCAGGAAUCGGCUCUCUUGAUUUUCGCCCAAUUGGCGCAUUACAUCGGCGAAACCCUCGUUCCUCACUUGACUACCCUCCACGAGGUCUUCUUCCGGUGCCUGUCUACCUCCGCCAAGAGCGCCGACGUCAGAAUCGCUGCCCUCGGGGCGUCAGUGAAUUUCAUCCAGUGCUUGACUAGUGCGGCCGAGAGGGACAGGUUCCAGGACUUGUUGCCGCUGAUGAUGCAGACGUUGACCGAGGCGUUGAAUUGCGGGCAGGAGGCGACUGCGCAGGAGGCUCUGGAGUUAUUGAUUGAAUUGGCAGGGACUGAACCGAGGUUCUUGAGAAGGCAGUUGGUGGAUGUGGUGGGGUCCAUGCUUCAGAUUGCCGAGGCCGAGUCCUUGGAGGAAGGGACAAGGCAUCUGGCCAUUGAGUUUGUGAUUACCUUGGCCGAGGCCAGGGAGAGGGCACCUGGGAUGAUGAGGAAGUUGCCGCAGUUCAUUCAGAGGUUGUUUGCGAUUCUCAUGAACAUGUUGUUGGACAUUGAGGAUGAACCUGAGUGGCACGCUGCCGAUACAGAGAAUGAGGAUGCCGGGGAGACAAGCAAUUACGGGUUUGGACAGGAGUGUUUGGAUAGGCUCUCUAUUUCCCUGGGUGGGAAUACCAUUGUCCCAGUUGCUUCAGAGGUUUUCCCGGCUUUCUUGGCUGCUCCCGAGUGGAAAAAGCACCACGCCGCACACAUUGCCCUUGCUCAGAUUGCCGAGGGUUGCUCCAAGGUAAUGAUAAAGAACCUUGAACAGGUCGUGUCAAUGGUGUUGAAUUCAUUCCAAGAUCCCCAUCCGCGUGUGAGAUGGGCAGCAAUUAAUGCAGUUGGGCAAUUGUCAACGGAUUUAGGCCCAGAGUUACAAGUCCAGUAUCACCAGCGAGUGCUGCCUGCUUUGGCUGGAGCCAUGGAUGACUUCCAAAAUCCUCGAGUACAGGCCCAUGCUGCUUCAGCAGUACUCAAUUUCAGUGAAAAUUGCACCCCAGAUAUUUUGACACCAUACCUGGAUGGAAUUGUGAGCAAGCUUCUUGUACUUCUACAGAAUGGGAAGCAGAUGGUGCAGGAGGGUGCUUUAACAGCUCUAGCUUCAGUUGCCGAUUCGUCACAGGAGCAAUUCCAGAAGUAUUAUGAUGCUGUAAUGCCUUACUUGAAAGCUAUCUUGAUUAAUGCUAAUGACAAAUCCAAUCGCAUGCUACGUGCCAAAUCCAUGGAGUGUAUUAGUUUGGUUGGAAUGGCUGUUGGAAAGGAUAAGUUCAGGGAUGACGCUAAGCAGAUUAUGGAAGUCUUGAUGUCAUUGCAAGGAUCUCAAAUGGAGGAUCCUACAACAAGUUACAUGUUACAAGCAUGGGCCAGACUUUGCAAAUGCCUUGGACAGGAUUUUCUCCCUUAUAUGAAUGUUGUCAUGCCCUCUUUGCUUCAGUCUGCUCAACUGAAGCCUGAUGUGACAAUUACAUCUGCAGAUUCAGAUGCAGAUAUUGAUGAAGAUGAUGAUAGCAUUGAAAUGAUUACUGUUGGUGAUAAAAGGAUAGGAAUUAGGACUAGUGUCCUGGAGGAAAAAGCUACGGCUUGUAACAUGCUAUGUUGCUAUGCUGAUGAAUUGAAGGAAGGGUUCUUCCCAUGGAUUGAUCAGGUUGCUCCAACAUUGGUUCCUCUUCUCAAAUUUUAUUUCCAUGAAGAAGUUAGAAAGGCAGCUGUUUCAGCGAUGCCUGAGCUGUUGCGUUCAGCCAAAUUAGCUGUAGAGAAGGGACUUGCACAAGGUCAUAAUGAGUCCUAUAUCAAGCAGUUGUCUGAUUACAUAAUACCAGCAUUGGUUGAAGCACUACACAAGGAGCCUGAGGUAGAAAUUUGUGCAAGCAUUUUAGAUGCGUUAAAGGAAUGUGUGCAGAUUUCUGGAGCACUUCUUGAUGAAAACCAAGUUAGGUGCAUCGUGGAUGAAAUCAAACAAGUUGUUACAGCCAGUUCAUCAAGAAAACAAGAGCGAGCAGAAAGGGCCAAGGCAGAGGACUUCGAUGCAGAAGAAGGAGAACUGCUUAAGGAAGAAAAUAACCACGUCGGUAGUGAAAUUAUAUAAUACGUCGUUUGUAUAUAAAUAACCGUCGUGUGUUUUUUGUUCUUAGU